AUGACGUCCAAUAGCCCGGAGAUAUUCACCGCAACCUCAGCGUAUUCUCUAGCUGGGGUGGCUGCCAUGGCCUUCGUUGCCACCACUGGCGCAAAGGUUUUACUGCCGAAGAACGCGCGCUGGCAGGAUUCGUUUACCUUCAUCUGGCUGGCAUUUGACGCAUUGAUUCACUUCUCUUUCGAGGGAUCAUUCCUCUAUCUCUCGACCUUCGGCAGGACCGUGAACUCCAGUGUGGGACCAUUUGCUGAACUGUGGAAGGAGUAUACCCGUGCAGAUGCACGAUGGGGCGUUUCUGACCCCACUGUUGUCUCCCUAGAGAUUUUGACGGUACUAGGUGCAGCACCUAUGUGCUGCUACAUCAUAAGGCAAAUUGUCAAGGAUGACCCUGCCCGUCACUAUUGGAUUAUUGUCCUGAGCACUGCUGAGCUGUACGGCGGAUGGAUGACAUUCUGUCCGGAAUGGUUGACGGGCAGCCCAAGUUUGGAUACUUCCAACCCGCUCUACCUCUGGGUUUAUCUUGUCUUCAUGAACGUCAUCUGGGUUGCCAUUCCUCUCUGGUUGAUGUGGGAUUCCUAUGGGCACAUUGCUGGAUCACUGCGCUAUGCGCAGGCGGUCAUCAAGGCCAAAAAGAACUAA